UUUGAUAGUUGUCGAAUUGCGAAUUUUAUAAAUUACUUUUCUGUUUAUAAUAUUCACCAUAGAAGCGAUGGCAGAUGUACCGGACCUCAGUUCUGAUGAGGAACAUUUUGAAGACGAUGAGUGGCAAGAAAUGGAAACCAAUAAUGCAUCGGUAACGUGUUUAUUUUGUACACAUGCUCUCCCAUCGAUCGAUGAAGCCGUUACUCACUGCGAAACAGAACAUGGAUUUAAAUUGAGUGAAUUAAAAGUAAAAUUUAAUAUGGAUUGUUAUUCUUAUAUCAAGCUAAUUAAUUACAUCCACACUCACAAAUCAAGUCCACAAGACAUAAUGUCUGCCGAUAAACCUUUGUGGGACCACGAAAGAUAUUUGAAACCAGUUGAAAAUCACGAAUGGCUAAUGUUCGAUUUCGAUUCCUUGGCAGAUAAGCCUAGUUCUCCUAAAUCAUACCACGCAAAUGUCGAAAAUGGACUAGUAACUUUAUCUCAAGCACAUUUUAUUGAAUUGCAACGGACAAUACAAACACUGACAGAGCAGCUGAAAGAGAGCCAAACACACCUUCAUAUGGCUAAAGAAGACAUGAAUAAAAUGCAACAAUCAAUGAAAACACUAGUUGAAAGUGGGCCACUUAGCAAGAUUGGUGAUGAGGGUGUUGUAGACUGUGUAUCAAAAGUUCCUCUAGAAAGUGAUGAAGGAUACUUCAGUAGUUAUGCUCAUUUUGGUAUUCAUUAUGAGAUGUUGUCUGACAAGGUGCGCACUGAGAGUUAUAGAGAUGCAAUACUUAAUAAUAAGGAUACAUUUAGAGAUAAAGUAGUAUUAGACUUAGGGUGCGGCACUGGCAUCCUAUCAAUGUUUGCAGCAACGGCUGGUGCUAAAAAGGUCUAUGCACUUGACCAAUCAGAUGUUAUUUACCAUGCUAUGGACAUCAUUAGGGAAAACAAGCUUGACAAUGUAAUACAAACUGUGAAGGGAAGGCUAGAAGAUACAAAGUUAGGUGAAAAGGUAGACAUCAUAGUUUCAGAGUGGAUGGGGUAUUUUCUUCUAUUCGAGGGUAUGUUGGAUAGUGUUAUUUAUGCAAGAAAUCACUGUUUGAAUCCUGGAGGACUAUUGUUACCAAAUAGAUGUACAAUCAGUCUUACAGCAAAUGGUGAUGUGGAUACACACAAGAGAUUGAUAGAGUACUGGUCUGAUGUAUAUGGGUAUAAAAUGAACUGUAUGAAAUCUGAAGUCGUGCGAGAAGCUACCAUAGAUGUAGUGUCACAAGAAUGCAUUUUGUCUGAACCUUGCGUAGUUAAGGAAAUUGAUAUCUAUACAUGUACAAUUGAUGUAAUGAACUUUGAGUCUGAGUUCAGACUGCCCAUAACAAAGGAUGGCUAUUUGACAUCUCUCGUAGGAUAUUUUGAUACUUUCUUUGACUUACCUGAAAGUGUCUCAUUUACAACUGGCCCUCACAAAACAGCUACUCAUUGGAAACAAACUGUAUUCUUCUUCAAGGACCCCAAAGAAGUGAAACAGGGUGACAUUAUAACAGGUAAAAUAUCUUGCAGUAGACAGAAAACAGAUGUGAGAUCUUUAGCUGUAGAAAUAACCAUCUUUGGUAAAAUCCAUAAGUAUAUACUUAAUUAAACGUCAAAAUUUUGAGUGCAUUAAGAUUAUUUUAAAAAAUCUCAGCAAUAUUGUAUGUGAUUUAGAAUGCAAGUUGUUCAAUAUACACUAUUAUAUUAUAGUUUUUAAAAUCUAUUAUUAUUAAAAUAGUUGAGUUUUACAUGAACCUUGCAAUUAGUCUUUGGUACGAGAGGAUAAAGGUUUAAUUUUAUUUGUAACCGAAUGACCAUGUUUUUCUAGUGCAGUAAUGGAAUUUUUUUCUAUUCACUACAUAUAAUUAUUUUUAGUCUGUUUAAAAAUACAUAAAACAAAAAAAAUACUAAUUUUGAAAGUUAAACUUUCAGGAUAACUUAGUGGGCCUCUUGUAAAUAUAAAGAAUACUGUAAUAUGUAACAGUUAAAUGAGCUUGGAAAUAUUCUGCCUUAUUCACCUGCAUUUAAGUAAAAUUGUUGUCUUUUGCCAGCUACUAGUUGUAGAAAUAUUUUAACAUUGUUUUUAAAGCAUUGAGAAAUAAUUGUAUUUUAUCCAUUUUAGCAACUGUUUUUUUAUAGUGUUAAUGGCUGUGCUUAUAUUUUGUACCUACUUUAAAAUGUAAAUAAAUGCUGUAUGAAAUAAAUAAAACAAUGUUCU